AUGAAACUGAAUUCGUUAAUAAAUCUCCAGAUAAGAAAUCAAGGGGUAAAUUUAUUGACAAAAAUAGAGACAAUUAAGGGAUAGCAGCACAUAGAUGGCGCUGCUGAAUCUACUUUUAUCAAUUCAUAACUUCUAAAUCAUGGAGAAAUUUUAGUUGAUUAAGAAAUUAGAUUAGAAGAUAGGGAAAUGUGAAGAAGUAUACAAAUUUAAUACAUCAAGUAGUGA